AUGGAGCUCUGCUUCAGCCUUUGUGUCUCCAUCAAUCAGGCGCUCAAUCAUCCCCUCCAUCCUCCAGCGUCUCCAUCCGCACGCCACCAAUUACCACGCAAACAAACACACAAACAAACACACACACAAACGGGCGCCAUCUCCAUCGGAAUGGCGGGAGGCGGAAUUCAUCCGGAGGCUCAACUCAGAGGAAGUUUUUUAGGGGAAGAAGGAGGAAAGUUUAAGAGUUUGAUGAGAAGAAGCAAGUCUGAGACAUCCAUCUAUCCAUCCAUCCAUCUAUUUGUUCAUCCAUCCAUCCAUCCAUCCAUUUGUUCAUCCACUCAUCUAUUCAUCCACUCAUGUAUUCAUCGACUCAUCCAUUCAUCCAUCCAUCUAUUCUGUCCACUCAAGAAGCGGGAGAGAAAAAAUCUAUACUGUUCCAAGUACUUCAGGCAA